AUAAAGAAGACAGAUUCAAAUAGCAACGGAAAAUCUAGCAGCUCUUCCAAGUCUUCCGGAAAGAACUCCUCCAACUCAAACGAGGCUUCCUCGAGUGGUACGCCGCCAGCAAUCGUUGUCGUAAAUGCAGAACAGAGAGGACAUAUUACCUCCGACCAGAACCCACCACCUUCUCCAGGCUCUCACAAGUCUCACAAACAAGAAGAACCACCCAAGAGCGGACCUAUAAGUCGGUUAAAGGGAACGCCAAAGGACGUUAUACCUAUCAGCAAAGUCCCUCGUCGACAGAGAUCAUCACGAUUCUACGUUACAGAGAAGGUUGAACUAGAGCCAUUGCCUAGCUUCCACGAAGUUGCGGCUGAUCGGAGACAAGGGCUUUUCAUUGAAAAGAUCCGGCAAUGCUAUGUAAUUUUUGACUUUAAUGAUGCUAGUGCUGACCUGAAAGGAAAGGAGAUUAAGCGUCAAGCAUUAACGGAAAUGUUGGAUUACAUAACAAAAAAUCGGAAUGUCAUAACAGAGCCGAUUUAUCCAGAAGUAGUUCAAAUGUUUGCUAUCAACCUUUUUAGGACCAUACCUCCGCAAGUCAACCCAAUAGGAGAUGCAUUCGAUCCUGAAGAAGAUGAGCCAGUUCUUGAGCUCGCGUGGCCACAUUUACAGAUUGUCUAUGAAUUCUUUCUACGGUUUAUAGAAUCGCCUGAUUUUAAUACGAAUAUCGCAAAAAAAUAUCUCGAUUCACAGUUCAUACUGCAAUUGCUGGAACUAUUUGACAGUGAAGACCCUCGAGAACGAGAUUUCUUAAAGACUACUCUACAUAGAAUUUAUGGCAAAUUCCUUGGCCUGCGCGCACUCAUACGUCGAUCGAUCAAUAAUGUGUUUUUUCAAUUCAUAUAUGAAACUGAACGGCACAAUGGUAUCGCCGAACUUCUCGAGAUUCUCGGCAGUAUCAUCAAUGGCUUCGCAUUGCCGCUAAAGGACGAACACAAAACUUUCCUGACAAAGGUGCUGAUACCGUUACACAAAGUAAAAUCUCUUUCAUUGUAUCAUCCUCAGCUUGCGUACUGUGUGGUACAAUUCUUGGAGAAGGAUCCUACAUUAACGGAAGAA